AUGUUCUCUCAGGAACUGUGGCUGGAAAAUGAGAGAAAAUGUGCUGUGGUUCGGAAGUCCAAGCCUGGCAGGAAACGCCAAGAGCUGCUGGCCAUUGCGUUUGGGGUGAAGGUGGGACUCAAAGGUGGCUUUCUUUGGUCUCCUCUCAAGCUCUUUGCUUGUUCACAGAUCUCCUCACUCGUCCGAAGAGCGGCCCUCACACACAACGACAACCACUUCAACUAUGAGAAGACACACAACUUCAAGGUGCACACAUUCCGAGGCCCACACUGGUGUGAGUACUGUGCCAACUUCAUGUGGGGGCUCAUCGCCCAAGGCGUCCGGUGUUCAGAUUGUGGAUUAAAUGUGCACAAACAGUGUUCCAAGCAUGUCCCCAAUGAUUGCCAGCCUGAUCUCAAGAGGAUCAAGAAAGUGUACUGUUGUGACCUCACCACGCUUGUAAAAGCUCACAAUACUCAGAGACCCAUGGUGGUAGACAUAUGUAUUCGGGAAAUUGAAGCAAGAGGAUUGAAGUCAGAAGGGAUUUACAGAGUCUCUGGGUUCACAGAACACAUUGAAGAUGUCAAGAUGGCCUUUGACAGAGAUGGUGAAAAGGCCGAUAUCUCUGCUAACAUCUACCCAGACAUAAACAUCAUCACCGGAGCCCUGAAAUUGUACUUCAGAGACUUACCCAUCCCUGUCAUCACAUAUGACACCUAUUCCAAAUUUAUAGAGGCAGCAAAAAUCUCCAAUGCGGAUGAGAGGCUGGAAGCCGUCCAUGAGGUCCUGAUGCUGCUGCCUCCUGCCCACUAUGAGACCCUGCGAUACCUGAUGAUCCACCUCAAAAAGGUUACCAUGAAUGAAAAGGACAAUUUAAUGAACGCAGAAAAUCUGGGAAUUGUGUUCGGACCUACCCUGAUGAGACCCCCCGAGGACAGCACUCUCACCACCCUCCAUGACAUGCGGUACCAAAAGCUGAUCGUGCAGAUUUUAAUAGAAAACGAAGACGUUUUGUUCUAA